AGACAACGACAGUUUCAAACGCAAAGAUCUAAGCUAAGCACGCAAAAUGAAAGCAGCCAUCGUGUUCGUAGUUGUUAUUUUCGCGCUCCUUAGUGUCCUGGAGGCGAUGCCGUCCCCUCAGUUUGGUGGCUACGGUGGCUAUCCCGGCGGUUAUGGUGGCUAUGGAGGCUUUGGAGGCGGCGGAUUUCCUGGUGGCUUUGGCGGAUACGGCGGUGGAUAUCCCGGCGGCUAUGGUGGUCAGCGUUUCGGCGGUGCCAGUGCCUCAUCAUCGGCAUCUGCAUCGGCCGGCGGCAAUUACGGCUUCUACGGCUAAGGAGCUCUCCUUACUACCUUUAAAGUAAAAUCAAAUUAUUAUUUAUGAUUAAUAAACAAAGUUUAGCCAUUUCUGUAACUCCAAA